UGGUAAUAAGCCCACGUCGCAAUCAACUGCCAUCGAAGGCUUGGAGCCUUGGCUUAACCAGCAACCAGCGCGGCGACGCGUCCGCCGGCUCGCGGAUCGCCUCGUGCCCUCGUCCCCGUGCCGGCCCCGGCCCCGCCCCGCCCCGCCCCAUCCACCCUUUUCUCUUUUGUCUUUGCAGCGCCUUCUUUGCUCGUCGUUGAAAUAUCCACAGCGAAAACUAAAAACAUUCCUCCGCGACGGCUCCAGGCUGCGAAGUCUCCCACCAACGCGCGCCGAUCCGGACCGAAGGCCUCCUGCAGUCCUGCUCUCCGUCUCCCUCGCGGCCUCGCCCCGUGGAUCUCCGCUCCGGCCGACGGGCGCGAUGGCGGAGCCGGAGCGGGAGCAGCGCCCGCUGCUAGAGGUAGAGCAAUCCGUCACGUCCAUACCGGAAGAUCAUGAAGCCACAUGUUGGGGCUGUGGGCUCCGGCUUGUUUUUGCGGGUUACUCGCCUAUCUAUAAGUGUGGCUGGUGUGGAGCCAUCACGCAAAGUAACCAGACCACAAGGAAACCUGAUAGUGUAUGGUUUUCCCACUGGAGGCGCGUGCGGGACAGAUUCUUUGUCACCGUGCUCAUCCUCUUCAUGCUCUUUGUGAUAUGUGGUGGGGUCUGGGCGGUAUAUCCUAUUGUUUUCAAAAUCAGCAACUUCUGUGGCAUCUUUCACUGCAUGGUAACAGCUGUGUUAGCUGUAUUUACCAUCACAAGCUACUGCUUGGCCUCUUCUAAAUCUGCAGGCGCGCCAACAAAUGUACGUUGGGGCAGCUAUCCCUUGGUUGGGAAAAGGGAUCUUGAGAACUAUACUUUUUGUACAUACUGUAAUAAACCAAAGCCCCCCAGAGCACAUCACUGCCGAUCUUGUAAAAUGUGUGUGGUGGACAUGGAUCAUCACUGCCCAUUUAUUGGCAACUGUGUGGGAGCUUCAAAUCAUCAAGUGUUUGUCAUUUUUCUUAUUUCUGUGGUCAUUAGUUGUUCUUAUGCUGCUGGGAUGACCAUAUAUGCAAGCUACCAGAUAUGGCCCUCUGUUGAUUUUCCAAACCUAGCAUCAUCUCGUGAUUCAAUGAGCUUUUGGAAAAUAUGGUUGGAGAUUAUUACUACGGUUGCAGGCUCUGCCUUCUUCUUGUCAGCAAGAGGUCUAGUUCUGGUAUAUCUAGCAUUCGCUAGUUUAUCAGUCAAUGCUGGUAUAGGUGUACUACUGUGCCAGCAGCUUAGUUAUAUCUACGAAGGAAACACAUAUCUCAACCAUCUAAGUUCACCGAAUGCGUUGCAUGGAGAGAGGGGUUUGCAUAAUAUUAUUAGAUUUUUUGGGUGCCCUUAUCCAAUUUCCAGAGUUCUGUUGCGAUACUCGAAUGCUGGCAAGUUGCAGGAUAAUUCAGGGUCAAAACUUCUCUAGAGUUCCAUUCGCAUGUAGGUUUCAGUGAUACACUCUUACUGUUCCAGCAACUGAGGCAGUGUAUGGAAUUAGUUGUUCCGAGUCAAGAUGGUUCUGUUACCUGGAAUCAUGAUUUGUGAACCUCAGUUGACCAUCAACAGAUUAGUUUGAGUAACUGAAGUUGUUCAGGGACGCAACACUCAUGACAGUCCAUGUUCUGGACUCUGGAGAGGAGUUGUUCAUGUCACUCACAUUGAUUUGGUAGAACAGCUCUGGCAGAUGCUGAAGUACCAUGUGGCCUGCGCAUUCAUUGCCUGCAGACAAUCAUAAGGUGCUGAUGGCAUUGCAAUAAAUUGCAGUAUCUGAAAUCCCGCACCAUGCAUCAUCACUGCCUUUUUCGAUAGGGCUGAAGAUGGAAGCUUCACGCUUUUGGUUGCUGCAGAAGAAACGGACAUCAGGAUUAAAUCUGACAGCGGCUUUGAGUGGUGCUAGGAUGUUUGGAAAAAUGUGUGCCUCCUUGAUGCUAAUACACGGACAUGUAUAUAGGAAAAUGAUACACCCAGCCUAGUGAGGUUAACCGAGAGCCAACAAAUUAGGGUUAUCUGGAGCCUAACAGUUCAUUAAGUACAACAAAACUCGGGGAGAGAUCCGAUCGCCCCAAAAUUCUAGUCCGAUGGGGAAGGGUGGUUCUCCCUUUUAGGGCUAGUUUGGGAACCUACUUUUUCGAAAGGAUUUUCAUUUUUCUAAGAAAAAAUAGUUCAUUUUUCCAUGAGAAAAUAGAAAUCCCAUUAGAAAAUAGAGUUUCCAAACUAGGCCUUAAGAUGGUUUUUUCCUCACAAGUUAUGCAAGGUGAUAUAAUUCUAAGGCUUACACGGUCGCCGUCCGACUACA